AUGCACGCUUGCCACCCUCGUGCUCCGACUGAAUCAUACAUUACAGCGGAUGUGAAGAGAGAACCUCGACGACAUUCACAACUUCUUUCAUUUUCCCAUAUUUUAAACGGUUUCCAGGUAAGAUCAUUGAUCAUCUCUCGAUGCAGGAUGUAUACUCAUCAAUUCUGCAAGCCAACAAACUGGUCCACAGAAAAUUUCACCAAACAAUCGGGCUCCUUUAUUGUUUCAAAGCAUGAAGCUUUCAUAAUUUCUUACGCGCACGUUGAAAUUAACACUCUUGAGACGGAGUUUCGUUUUUCAGUCUUAAUAUAUGUCUUUAAUCCGGCUCUGUUGCGAUUUCAGUUUAUGGGUGAUCAUAGCUUCGAAUAAUCCUUAACUGAGUUGUAGUAUGAAACAGAAACUUUGUAUUUUACGUGACUAAGUUCUUCUCUACGGUCUUUGCAAAUGAUUAUGUUUUCUGAUCUUUACGUGCGUUUGUUCGGGCUUUGUGUGCUGUUUUCUUAGAUGUGUAAAUGUUUUCACAUUAAUCCUAUUUUCGGCUUCUAUUUCGAAGACAGUGCUGUGAAAAUUUCCAAGGAUAGAUCAAUCGCUGGACGUUCUUUAUUUUUCGGCUUUUGAAACGACUACCGUUUGAACGCAUUCUUGAAAUCGAGCGUUCGAUCAGUAUCCCAACCCCAUUAGCCUCACCUUAACUUUAAUAAUUUUUCAGUUACAUUUAUGUUGAUCAAAACAGCAUUCAUCUCUGUAGGCCUGCCUGAAAGCUUAAUUUGAUGCGAAAAUACGAUCUGCUUAAGGAACACCUAAGACCUUCACACAAUUUUGUACAGUUAUUUUUCUCAAGAUUCACGAAACAACUAUUCACUUGUGCCUUCUCGUAUAUCGUAUUUUUAGCCAGUUGUUUUAUGAGUCAAAAGCAACCCAAACCUACACUCAGUGGCCAGCGGAUCAGAACCCGCAAAAGAGGUAUAUGUUUUGUAACUAAUGUACCAUUUCAGUCAUUUAAUUUCCUUAUAAUUAACAAGUGGUGCACGCAGAAUUGAAGUGUCAGCUAAUUUACCUCGACUUCGCGAACCUUACUUUGGGGUAAUGCUCAUCAUUUCGUUUAGAGCACUUUUCCACUGAAUGUAAAGCAAAAACAGUGUUGCUUUCACUUUCUGUAGAAAAACACGAAUUUGUGAGGAAACGGAUAAAAAUUCAAAUAUUUUCAAUUUCGGUUUUAAACUAAAUCUGUUUUGUUGUAUGUUCUGUUAAGAAAUGUUUCCAGUUUUCCAUUUAUGUAGUAGCUGCAGGACAUGUAGUUAAUCAGAAAUGUACAUUAAAUGAUGUAUGUUGUCAAGAGGAAACGUUUUUUUACAUCAUGACUCACUAACUAAGUUUUUUUUAUCCAGACAUAUGCAUCUAGCGUAGCCUGAUUAACAUAAAUCCUGAAUUUGACUCAUUUUUGCCUGUAGAUUUCCGGAUACUGUAGUUAAUACUCAACAUAUUAAAGGUGUAUCUGUUUCAGGGGCAAUUCUCUGAUCAAGAUUUAACUUAGAACAAAUGCUCUUGAGGUGAAUUUUGCAGAAGUCGAACUUGCUGAUGGAACUGUGUGCACCAAAUCUACAAUCUUUUACCAGAUUUCAGCAUGCCUAUUUUUUUUCUAGGUCUUAUGCCAAAAGAAAGUAUGAGUAGUUGUUUAGUUUCCUGAUGGAUUCACUUGAACUUGUGAAUUCUUUGAAUUGUUGAUCUAUUUUGCAUAUUUGUAAAAAACUUGAAAAUAUUUUUUGGAGCAAGAGGAAGGAAAUGGUUCUAGAACUUCAUUUAAGGAGGAGAAUGAGAGAAACAGUUUUCGAUAUAAGAGGUAUUUAAAAAAUGUAAGUUAGAAGAACCAGAUUUUAAUGUCAUUUAAUUACUCAACAGACGAAAAAGAAAAGCAAGACCCUCUUGCAUUUCGAGAUGCUAUAAUACAAGGGCUCCAGGAUAUUGGUAACAAUGAUCUAGAACAGGUUAGUUAUACCAUCAGCUUUCUCUGUCCUUUACUGCUCAGAAUUAUUGGUAUGUUGCACUACGUCAAAUUUUUGUGGUCUUACUGCAAAUCCUCCUUUAACCCUUUAACACCCAGAACUGAUAAACAUGUAACUUCUCCCUAUACUACCAUACACUAUUCAGAAAACAGGUAAUCAGAAUACUCAAACUCAUCAAGUACAAGAUAUUACGCUGAUUGAACACAAAAUUCUCGUAGCUAAUCUACAAGGACGUGUAGUAGCUAGAGGGAAGAAGUGAAAAUCAGAUCAUGGGAGUUUAAGGGUUAAGUUGGUAACACCAAAACCACAAUAAUUCAAACAAGAUCUUGCACUAAUGUGACAGAAGGCCAAAAUCCUUAGUUGGCAUUGUGAUAUUCAAAUAAGGUAGCAAUUAGCACUGCUAAAUCAGUAAGCUUGAAAGAAACCAAUUUCAGAAUCAAAAGAAGCUGUAUCCUUGAGAUCCUAUGUGUUGAAAGGUGCAAUCGUACACUUUCAGUCGUUGGAGGUAAUAAUGAAACACUGUAGUACUGCUAUGCUCAGUCAUGGUGAAAAGUUAAAUUUAGCUUUGUGUUUGGUGUACUGAUUUGGGAUUAUGGAAUCAUAGUGUGAGUCCUGUCCAUCAGUUUGUGAGUCUUCAUCAUCAGUGUGCGAGUCCUGUCCAGGCCAUUUUGUUGUGUUCUUGAGUAAGACACUAAACUCUAAAAGUGUUACUCUUCACCUGAGUAUUAACCCUUUACACACCAAUAUCAGGAAAGGUAUUCUCCAUACUGUCCCCAUACAUUCCCUGAGGUGCUGACAAGGAGAAUUUGUGUAACAAUCAACAGCUUCUUUAGCUUCUCUAGUUGCUGAUAAUAUUCUCAUAACCUUACUGCAUGAUUCAGGAGUGAUAUUGUAAGGAGAGAUUAGAUGCUUGUCAUUCUUAGGGGUUAAAGGGUUAAUGGGUACUGAUAAAACUGUUAUAUGUAUACCAGAGCCAAGUGGCUCAUCCAACUGGAGUUUAUCUCAGUUUCUGUAGCAUGAAGUGACUAACAGUACUACUACUCCCCUGAAUAGGAGGCUGGUCCUUUACAAAUUACCCUUCCUUAGCAUUUCAUCAAGUUUUUACUGAUACCCAUUUGCACUCCUGAUUGGAAAGAGGUGCUGUAAGAGUUGCAUGCCUUGCUUGGAAACAAAAAACACAAUGGCUCAGCUAGGUCUAAAUCUCACAGCUCUAGCUAACCAAAUGGUAACUCUUAGGCGACCUCACCUGCCUCAAUUGCUGGAAGUUUAUUUGUUUUGGACUGCUUUCCUUUUCAGAAGGGAAACAGUAUUUUUGCCUUUUCAUGCACAAGAAACAAAUAUAAGCUCUGGUAUCAACAGGCCGCUAGGCUUGCUAUAGUUUGCUAGUUAUUUAUUGAUUGAAGGAGAGUGAAAUUCAAGUGUUUGACCUGGGUUGUAUUCUCCACCAGAAGUAAUCACAUGAUAUUUUUUUGUUCUUUAUCAAAGGUGUAUAAGUUUUUGGACUCGUCGGGGAGUAAGCUCAACUACCGACUGUAUGGAGAGUGUCUCUUUGACAUACUGUUUGCUGGAGGUGUUUUAGGUAUGAUGAGUUAACCCUUUAGCUCUUAAGACCUAUUUUUCAAUUCUUUCCUCUAACUUCUAGACAUUUCCUUGUAAAUUAGUGAAGAGAAUUUGGUCUUACAUCAAGAUAACAACCUCUACAAUAUAUACCAGAUGAGUUUGAGUCUUCUCAUUACCUGUUUGCUGGAUAUUGUAUCUUAAGUUGUAAGGAGAAGCUACAUGUACAUGUCAAUGACUUCUAGGAGUUAAAGGGUUAAAGAAAUUUUUCUGCAUCUGAGGGAACUAAGCUGUGCAAAAAGUUUUACUCUAGGUACUUUGAACCCAUAGAUAGGUAGAUUUUUCUCUGCAAAAACAAUUCAUUUUAUCUGUCCAAUAUACAUGCAUUACUCGCAUUACAUGCAUUACUAUGCUUAUCCUGCUAUACUGUAGGAUUGGCAUUAACACCAUUCUGUAUGUUUUAAAUUGUCUUGAGAGGAAAAAGCAUUUCAGUGGUUAAAGCUGUGAAAGCAUUUAUUUUGUGUUUCAAGAUAUUAGCAUUUGUUUAUUUGAUAAUUCAACCAAGGAUAGAUGAAUUAUUUAACUUUUUAUAGCUCCUGGUGGAAGUAUCCUUGAAGAAGGUGAAAAAGCCACGUGGAAAACAUCUGUAUGCAUUUUUGAUGCCAAUGAUGAUGAUGUCAAGACAUAUGUGCAGGUAUAGUGUGCUUUAAAUUAAAGUUUUUAUAUGAUACUCUGACUUUAUGUACUUUUACAAAUAGUAAAAAAAAAUUAUAAGCUAUUUCACUCCAUGUAACUAUGUCUUAUUUGUUAAGCUUAAGGGAUGGCACUAUACUAAACAAACCAAUUUACUGUAACAUAGUUGAAAUUCUCAUUUUUAUGUUCUUUUUGUGUUCAUUUAGGUGAUCAACAAGGUUAUAGCAAGGUACAGGUACCUGCAAAAAGCCUUUGAAGAUGAGAUCAAAAAGGUCAGCAAGUCCUAGUUUAAGUGUAAUAUUUGAUGAAUAAUAAACACAAUAACCACUGUUUGAUUUGAAAAGAUGUUUGUAUAGUUUUCCUGAUCUUUUCCUUGGAGCUUAUAGGUUUCCUCAAGUUUCACUCCACAACUGCUCACUUUACAAUGCCGUCAUAUUGGCAAACAAAUAUUUAAAUGUAUUUUCAUGCCAAGUGGAGGCUUUCAUUUGUACAUCAGAUCUAAGCAAGUAGUAAAAAGGAUUAAAAACUUCAGUUAUUAGAUGUAUCUGGCAGUUAUAGGUUACUAAUGAAUAUACCCUUUAUAACCUGACAUCAGUAUGCACAUUCUCCAUACUGUUCUCCAUACAUUUCCUAAGGAGCUGAAAAGGAGAAUUUGUGUAGCAAUCAAGAGCUUCUUUAGUUAGUGAUCAUUUCCUUUACUCUCAUUACCUUUAUGUGUAAUUUAGGGGUAAUAUUUUAAGGAGCAAUUAGAUGCUAGUUAAUCCUGGGGAUCAGAGGUUUACCCUGUUACCUUAUCCUGACUUUCCCCUUUCUUUCCAGAUCUUGCUCUUCCUCAAGGGUUUCAGUGAAGAUCAGAGGAACAAGCUUGCUAUCGCUGCGGGUAUCAUUCUAGCAAAUGGUAAAUUCUCCAAACUUUUCUUUCAUGUUCUUUCCACUAUUAUGAAUGUUCAUUUGAAGUCAUGAGAAAAUGCCCAGUUAACAAUACACAGUGGACCAUCUCUAAUCUGAUCAAAAUACAUCUGAGGGGUGAUACUCUUGCCUAGCAAAAAUGCGGCAAGGUUCAUGUAUAAAUUCACAUUUAGCAAUACAGUGGCUCCUUUUAAAAAAUAAUGUUAAAGAUGGCUUAUACUCUUUCAGGUAUGGCUUCACCUACAGCACUCUCAAGCCUACUCAAUGAAAACCUUGUUAAAGAAGGUAUAUAUGCUUAGUACAUUCCACUAGGUGGCCCCAUGAAGUAUUACGAUUUAUUGAUCAGAAACAUUUUUUGCCUACAAAAAUUUAAUUGUUUGUUGUUCAUUGGGGUUAUGAUGGUUAAUGGAUAUAUUAAAUCAUGUGUCUCUUGGUUUAGAGUCUUUCAAUUUUAGAUCUCAGUGUUACAACUGCCAGACAACAGCUAGACCAUUAAGGUUGACUGCCUUCUCAUUUCUCCUCACAGUAUCACCCUUAAAUCACAUGUAAAGGUCAUGAGAAUAACAGACAGGAUCACCAAUAUUAAGGAGCUCCUGAUUGUCACACAUAUUCUCCUUGUCAGUUCCAUAAGAAAUGUAAAGAGAACAGUAAUACUAAAGCUAGGCUGAAAGGGUUAUUUUUAUUAUAACUGACUGAAUUCUUUUAUUUAGGACUUGCUUUGCCAUUUUUGACCAAAGUGUUCCAGGUGUGGGUGAAGGAGAAGGAUUUCACUAGUCUGAGCUCAGCUCUGAGAAAAGCAGAGUUGGAGAACAAACUACUGGUGAGUGAGACUUAACUGAAAUCAACUUUCAUUUUAUAAAGAAAUUUCCCUGUUAUUUAGCGGAUGAAUGGUACCUUGCAUUAUUGACAAGACUGAUGGAGUGGCAUACAUGUAUUUCAAGAAGACUGAGAUGUUUAUAGCCAUAACUCUCCAAAGCUUUCACAACUUGCUUAGAGGCAAUUGUCUGCACUGUGAAAUCAGCUGUUAAACAAAUGGAAUAUUCAAACCCUGUUAGAUUUCAGUGUAUGGGUCAAUGGAAAUUAUCACACAGAUAUGUGUAAAUGUAGCCUUAGUAUCAGUCUUACUAGACUUGAAAGAAAUCUUUUUCUAUUGCCUUAACCCACAAGAGUGGUUGGCAUCAAAUUUCUUCAUACAGUGUGACUGCUGAAUUAACCAUCAAGGUCUUGAGAAUUGAGGUUCUGGAGUAGUAACCAACUUAACCCUUUAACUCCCAAGAUGGCAUUAGUAAUUCUCCUAACUGUCUGCCAAAUGAUGUUCACUUUGGUAGUUUGGAGAAUUUGGUGUUGGAUAAAUAAGUAAUCCCAUAAUUGAUAUUUUUCUUUAUAAAAUAAUUCAAAUAGUAUGCGUGCUCUGAUUGGCCAUAAAACCAUUUUACAUGAGCAUAUGUAAACACGGUUUUUGUUCCUCUUUCAUUAGUUAUUUUAUAAAAGAAAUGUAAAAUGGUUUCCAUGUUUACAUAGCCUGAUGUAAACACUUGGGAGGUUGGGAGAACACUCAAUAAGCUGGAAACCACUCCACUUUGUGUCGAGGUUAUGUUGUGUUCUCCAAACCUCCCACGUGUUUACAUCAGGCUAUGUAAACACAGAAACCAUUUUACAUUUCUUCAUUAUUCUUAUCAAUUUUUUGCAUGAUAUUGUAUAGAUAUAAUAGGGCGAAAUUUUGUCUUGGUCACUUACAGGAGUUAAAGGGUUAAGAGGCUCUUGAUUAUUACACAAACUAUGUUUCUUAGUACCUAAGGAAACAUUUAGACAACAUUAUGGAGAAUAUGAACACUGGAAUCUUAAAAGCUUAAGCCAGCAGAUUUCUUUCUUGCUUGCUCAUUGACCAAAGCACCAGACAAGCCACAUGUCAAUCCAAUUCUAAAGGGCCUGAAAUUCUAAUUUCUCUUUAUGUCAUUUUAUUUUUUUCAAUUCAGUUUCUUAAUUGUAUAAAUUUUAAUCUUUUUGGGUCUAUAUUUUGCAGGAUUUCUUCCCUCCCAACAAACAAACUCAGGAAAUGUUUGACAAGCAUUUCAAUGCAAAUGGAUUAGAUAAGCUUGUGGCAUUUCAGGUAUGAAAUUUUACAAGAUGAAUGUUAUUAUUUUGGUCAUGUUUUUUGAAUAACCUUAAACUGUGUACUUAAUCUUCCAUUGCUACUUGUAAUCCUGGAGAUAUUUUUCCCUUUUGGAAAUGUUCUCCUUUCUGUCUCAAGGGUUUUAAUUUGUUAAUUGUGACUAUUGUUAGUUCAUCGCAAACAAAGCUGUGUACAGCAUCAUGGUUGCAAAAUCUCUUAACAGUGAUGGUGGGUCAAAAGAGGACACUCCCACAGUACUUUUAAAAAAAUUCACUGGCCAUUGUUUGUAUAUCCCAAAACUAACAACCCUCACUGAGUUGUUAACCCCCUUAACAUAACAAUGUUUUAUAACAAAUUAUUUACUUCAAUCAGCCCAUGUACAUGAAGGUGUGGUACAUGAUGUAGUUCCCAAAUGUCAGUGGGAAUUUGUGGAAUUAGAAGAGGCUGCCUCAUUUGACAAUCAUCAUUGUGUGGUGUUAUCUCUGUAUGCCUCAGAAUUUCACACAAAAAAAUUUUAAUAUAUAUUUCUUUAUUUAUUGUCCUCAGAAAGCACAGCAGACCCUGGGUACUCGCAGAAAUUUUCAGCAGCAACUUAAAGAGAUGCUGGACAAUGAAACACCAGUCAAGGAGGUAAGUUACACUGUCAGUAGUUGGAGUUUAUAAUUGGGUUUGGAAUAUGUGUUCCUCCCUUCAUCCUUAACCCCUGAGCAUGAUAAGCAUCUCAUUUCUCCUAACAGUAUCCCCCCUGAAUCAAAUAUUAAGGUCAUGAGAAUAAAGGAAACGAUCACCAACUAAAGAAGCUCUUGAUUGUUAAACAAAUUCUCCUUGUCAGCACCUAGGGAAAUGUCUAGAGAACAGUAUGGAGAAUAUUCAUUCUGAUGCUUAAGUUUAAACAAACUUUGAGCUGCUGGACAUAGAUCAAUCUGUAUCGACCAUUUCACUUAACAACCAACCAAUGAGAAAUUUAUUCUACCUACAUUUUGUUUUAAUCUGAAAAAUUAACACAGGAAAGAAAAACAUCAUCAGGAAGUUCUGCACAAUUUAACAAAAACUUUUUAAAGCUAAAAUUUGGCAAAAUUAUUAGAAAUGUUUAACUUAAUUUACUUCCUCACCACUGGGGAUUUUUUUUCAUUCAAUGCCACCAUCAUGAACCAAGGUUAAAACAACUUCUCUAUUGAACAUUGGUUGAAAAAAACCCAAGAAUUUCAAAUAAUGAAGCUAGAGUGGUAAUUACUUAAAAUCUUCUCAUCAGUUGCAUCAUAUUUAACAAUUGAUUAUUUUCUUAACAGAUGAUAUCCACUUGUAAAGAAGAAAUGAAGAAAUAUGAACUCGCUGAAGAUGAUGUUGUGUUCCUGGUAAGGCAAUUUUGUAGUUAUGUUUCUGAAAUUAAAAUUACUAUUAACACUGUGCAAAACUCUUUUAGAGGCAAAGAAACAGUCAGUCUAGAGUUUUCAAACUUUUUUCCUUUAAAGUAUGGUCAGCUUGCCAAGGCAGAUUUUGAACUAGAAUACUAGGCUUUUUCACUCUUUCAGAUAAGAAGUAUAACCAUUUUCUUAGUUGGAUGACUGAGUUCAAACUAAACCAUACUUAUAUUUCUUUUCCUUCCUUGGAAUACUUUUAUUUGCUAACAAUACUGUACUUGGCACUUUGCACCUCUCUAUUGCAUUGACCAGCUUUAAUCUCAAUUAACUCAAGCAUAGAACUAAAAGAAAUGACAAACUUUUUGCACAUAAAAUCUAGGUUUGGAAAUGUUUAAUGCGUGCCGUGGAAUGGAACAAGAAAGAAGAGCUUGUUGCAGAUCAAGCUCUGCGUCACCUGAAGGUUAGCACUCUAUGAUUGGUACAGAAACUCAAAUUACCCUUUGCAAUGUUGGUAGCUAAGCAGUAUCAUGAACAAAACUUCAACGAAUAACAUUGCAUAGGGGAAGGAGGGCAGCUUUUGUUUAUUGCACUUAACUUUUUCUUGGCCUGAUGAUGUUGGUAAAUGCAUUUUUUUUCACUCAAGGUCUCUGUACAUUUUGCAUUUGGUUGUAGUCACACCCAGGGAUUAAAGAGUUAAUUGAUACAGUACGAAGCUGAAACCAGUAUUUCUUGUAUUAAACAUUGUUGCACAUGCCAGCUUAAGACCAUGUACUGGUAUAUUUUGUGCUGCUGUCAACGUACCUUAUGAUUACAUUUUGUACUGCUGUCAAUUGUGAUUAUAAAAGUUUCCUAAAAGGAGCAACCAAAACUCAGAAAUAUAUAGCACCCUUAAGGAUAAAGCACUUGUGUCUUUUUUAACUGAUAACAGAAAUUUUGCAUUGUGUAACUCAAACUCCACCAUUUGUAUGUUACUGGAACAUUCCAUAUUGAAACAAAUUAGUGAUGCCUAGAACUGAAGCGUUGUGAUGUUGCUUUCCAGGUUUAUGCUCCAUUGCUUGCAUCUUUUACCUCACAAGCCAAGUCUGAGAUCAAUCUUUUGGUCAAGGUUCAGGUAUUAACCCCUUACACCUUGACAUCAGUAUGCAAGUUCUCCAUACUAGUCUCCAUAUAUUUCCUGUGGAGUUCACUAAGAGAAUUUGUCUAGCAAUCAAGAGCUUCUUGAGUUCACAAUCAUUCUCUUUAUAUUCAUGACCUUAACGGUUGAUUCAAGGGUAAUACUGUUGGGAAAAGUAUCUCCCUUAGGGGUUUAAAUUUGCAAAUUGCACACAAUGAAAGUCAAUUCAGUUAAGAUUUGCUGUAAUUUAAGAGCAAAUGUUUUCACAUGACAAACCUAGUGCCAGAUGUUUCUUACUAUUGGUUCAAACUUAGGCCAGUUUUAAUUAUUUGCACUUUCUGGUUUAAAAAAAAACCUUCUUUUGUCAUUUCAGGAAUACUGCUAUGAUAACAUGAAUUUCACAAAAGUGUUUCAAAAAAUGGUGCUGCUGUUGUACAAAAGUGAGUGGGAAUUAAAAUAUAUAUAUAAUAUGUGGUUUACAUAGGUUAUUAGCUUGUUAAGUUUUAGCCUAACGCUUGUUCAGUCAUGGAAUACUAAAAACAAACUGGAUAUCAAUUGUUACACUUAGCUAACCUUUUACAGGGUUUUACAGUGAAGCACACUGACCAAAAAGAAACUUCUUCAUUUUAUUAAUGCAGAGCAACAAAAUGCAGUCAAUAUCAUUAAACAGAGAUUGUUUUGAGCAUACCUUUUGGGAACAGAGAACUUUUAAUUAGAAACUCCCUGAACUUAAAAGGCUGGCAAUUUUGGAGCAUAAUUUAAGGACCAAAUGAGAGAAUCCCAAAUCCAAAAUGUCAAAUAAGGUUAAUUCUCCAUGUACUGCUCAGAUUCUUAUAAUCGGCAUUUCAAGAAAUCUUUUCCUCCCUGAUUUUUAGCUGAUGUCCUAAGUGAAGAUACCAUCAUCAAGUGGUACAAAGGAGGAUACUCCCAGAAAGGAAAAACUGUUUUCCUUGAGCAGAUGAAGAAAAUGGUGGAAUGGCUUCAGAGUGCAGAAGAAGGUAUUUGGCAGUUGCAUGUGUGCAUAGUGUUUCAGCCUGAGCGUGUCUCUCCCCCUUUCUUGGAAGUAUAACACCUUGAGAAAUGUGUGCUAGCAAGAGGUCUGCAAUAGUGGGUCAAGCACUGAUUGAAGGAGGGCCAGACUGCAAACAAACUUCUUCCUGAUUCAUUUUGAAUUUCCCCUGGGAGGAGAAACACCCAUCCUGCUAUACUUAUAAUGAUAGCCUACUUGCAUUAUGUGACAGGGGCAUCUUCUGAUAACCCUUUUAGUAGUUAAGAGUUUAAUAAAUAGAGCAAAGGGAGUCACUCUAACAGAUUUUCAGCAUAAUUUCAAAUAAACAACACCACUUAACAAUGCCCUCCACCUCCCUUAACAUUGGAAUCAAAAAAAUUGUUUUCAUAUUUGGUCAACCUAUUUAUUUUUGGCUUUCUGUACAAAAUUAGUGACCAAAAACAUUUCUCCCCACAGUCUUGAUACAGUUUAAAUCAGAAAGGUGAUUUGAGGAAAGAAAGAAAAAACAAUAAUCGAUGGGAAAUUGUUUCAUGUAACAGCAAAUUCUUAGAACUAACAUUUUUAGAAAUGUUUGGCAGAUCUUACAGAGAAUUGGUCUUUAGAUCUUGAGGGUAAAAGGCUUAAUUAGAAGACAGUGCACCUAACUGAGUUCACUUUUUUGUUUUUAGAAACAGAGUCUGAAGAAGAGGAAGAGGAUGGAGCCUAA